GUAUUCGAUGGCGUUGUGGGUCUUUAGUAGAACGCGGCCAGUGUGUGACAUAUUUGUCAAAUUUAUGUGUAAUGCAUAUUUCUAGAUAUUAUUAUAGAAUUUUAUUACUAUAACAGUUAAGAAACUAUAUUUGUUAUCUUAUCUUUGACUUGUUAUUAUUGGAGGAUUAAUUAUAUAACAACACGCUAUAAGUUUUGGUAUGUGAGUUAUGCGUGUACUACUUAGGCCGUUGGCUAUAUUUAGGCAGGCGGCGCAGACGAACAGAACUGUUCAGUUGAAGAAUACGUUUACAACUGCAUUAGUCUGGAGAGCUAUGGAAGAUAAAGAGACUUUAAAAAAACGUUUAACACCUUUACAGUACCAUGUAACUCAGGAAGCUGGAACAGAGAGGCCUUUUACUGGUUGUUAUAAUAAAUUCUAUGAGGAAGGUUUAUAUGUUUGUGUAGUUUGUAAACAAGAACUAUUUACCUCUAAGACCAAAUAUGACUCUGGAUGUGGAUGGCCGGCAUUCAAUGAUGUCUUAGCAAAGGAUAAAGUUACAUUACAUCAGGAUACUAGUGCAGGUAUGGUGCGAACUGAGGUGCGAUGCUCCAAGUGCUCGGCUCAUCUGGGCCACGUAUUCAAUGACGGGCCGGGGCCCACCAAGAAACGAUUUUGUAUUAAUUCAGCUUCAUUGGACUUCAUACCAGCUGAAGAGAGAAAGGACUAAAGCUUAUAUCAUAAUUGUAUGCCUCCAGCACUGAAUUGUGCUUCAUUUUUAAUCAUUUAGAUACAUGGUUAUAAAUGAUACUUAGAUGCAGUAUAACUAAUUAUGUUUAGGACGGUCUUAGGAACACAAUCAUAAAAACGUCUGCCAAUUGAUCAAAUCUCACAAUUGGUUUAAACACGUCAAAACCUUAGAUGAUCGAGUAAUUAGUAUAGAAGAUAUGGAUCUGAACUAAUGGUCGUGGGCAACGUAAGGAAAAAAAAAGCAUUUUUUUUUAUCGUGUAAGAGGUGAGACAGUUUUUUUCAUAAUAAGUAUACUUUACUUAUUCCUGUUAAGUUAAAAAAAAUAUUUCUUACGAAAGAUAAUGAUCUAAUACUACACGAAUUAACUUGUUUGUAAACAUAUCAUUUGAACACAUAAUAUAUUGUAUAAUAGAGGUUAUGUAUCAGGUCAGCAAGGUCAAGGCCAAGGCAGCGUUGCAAGGCAUAAUUGUAAAAAGAGGAACGAACGUUAUGAUUGUGUACCGAGACUAGUUUAAAGGCAAUAUAUGCCAAGAUUUGCUAUAAUCGUGCACAUGAUUGUCCGUCGAAAUGCGUUUGAAAAACGAGUAUCGCGCUCCACAAUCUUUAUUUUUGUGUAUUAGUUACAACUAAGUUACCAGAAGCAGUCAUUUAUUGUUGAUUUUAUAUUUAUUUGCAUUGUAUAUAUUUUCUUUAAAUAUAGUACAAAUAAAGUGUAUUUUUGUGUCG